AUGGCCCAGCUUUAUGCUGACCUGAGGUUUGCCAAGGUGAUGGGGGGCCGGAGCACGGCCAGCCAGGCACUGGAGGCAGCCUUCAGCAUGAAUGAGGCAGAGAGCCCCUACGAGAGCACCCAGCCAGCACUGGCAGGGCAGGAUGGGGACGGAGCAGAGCCCAGCCCAGGGUGCUGGUCCCGUCGGUGGUGCAUCCCUGUGGGGCUGCUGACAACUUGCCUGCUGCUGGUGGCCACCGUGGCCCUGGGAGCUUGCUACUGGCAGGUCACCCGCAGCCUGCAGGACUCCUCCCGUGAGCACGAGGCCGAGCAGGGCCGCCUGUCACAGGAGCUGAGGGCGCAGGAGCAGAGCCUGGAGCAGACACAGCUGGAGCUGGCGUGGGCCAGAGAGGAGCUGCAGCGAGCGUGGCAUGAGGGCAACAUCAGCCAGCUGGAGCUGGACAGGCUGAGCCUGGAGCUGCGCCGCAUCACGGGGGUGCUGGGCAGGACAGAGAGGGAGAUGCAGGAGCUGCAGGGGAGGCUCAACAGCAGCGAGAGCACCGUGGCCCUCCUGCGCUCCUGCACAGCCAUAGAUUGCUGCCCUUCGGGCUGGCUGCUGUACAGGGGCAAGUGCCUCUUCAUCUCCUCGGAGAAGAAGACGUGGGAAGACAGCAGAGAUGAGUGUGAGAAGACAUAUUCUCAGCUCCUCGUCACCAAAUCCUGGAGUCGUUGGACUGUGCCGACCUUCCUGAAGAAUGCAGAUGUCUCAUACUGGAUUGGAUUGCAGAAGGGCAGUUUUCCCUGGUACGACUAUGGCUGGCUGGAGGAAGACAGCGAGGGAGACUCGGAGGCCUGGUUCUGGGUGGAUGGGUCCCUUUAUGAAAGGCCGUGGAAGUCAAAAUCGAAUGGAACCUGUGCCAUAAUAAGCCAUGGGAGCAUCAAACCCGCCCAGUGCACUGGUCCCAGUGACCUGCACCUCUGGAUCUGUGAGAAGGCAGCAGGGCCAAGCCUCCCUUUCAAGUGA